CACGUCAUGUAAACAGGAAGUAAGAUGCCAGAAGCGGCUAGUUCAACUCGACAGAGGAGAGGCUAAAAAUAACAACAACAAAUGCUUUAACGAACUCACAAAUGCUGCUUUGCCCGUGAGAUAAUAUAGUAAACGUGCUUAGUAAACGGUUCAGAAUGAGUUUGCCUCCUGAGCUUGAUCGCUAGUAAACUUUUGCUAGGCUGUUAACCUAGGUAACUUAACGUUAGCUAAAGAUUUUUGCGAUGUAGCUACUGGCUAAUUUUUUGCAAGUUGUCUGCACAUUUAGCCUAACAUGACAGCAGUGGUAGAUUUCUUUGUUUCAGUAGCUUUCAGAGUUCACGCUUAACGGUUACACAGUAUAUAGUAAAUAACGGUUAAGGCUAGCUGCAUGUCAUCGUUAUGGGAGACAAGGAGCUGAGUCUUAUUGACAAGAAUAUAACAAGUUUGCUAGAUUUCCCCCUGAGUCCCACUGUAACGUCGCUCAAUCUGCACUGCAAUCACAUCCCAAAGAUCGAGGGCCUGACCUCAGCUUGGCACCUGCACCACUUAGACCUUUCCUCCAAUUGCAUUUCUAAGAUUGAGGGUCUAAGUUCCCUCACUUCCCUGAGGACUUUAAAUUUAUCUUGUAACUUAAUCACCAAGGUUGAAGGACUGAAUGGCCUCGUGAACCUAACAAGAUUAAAUUUGUCCUACAAUCAGAUAAACAGCCUCACUGGCUUGUUGUAUCUUCAUGGCCUGGAAUACAAGCUGAAGCACCUCAGUCUCCAUAGCAACCACCUGGACAGCAUCGAUCACCUCCUGCAGUGCCUGCUGGGAUUGCAAGGGUUAAGAGAGGUCACUUUGAGCCAGGAUGGCAGAGACAACCCUGUGUGUAGAUCACCAGGUUAUAGGGAGAUUGUUAUGCAGUCAUUGCCACAGAUCUCUGUUCUGGAUGGCCUGGACCGGCUGGGAAAUCCAUCACAUCAAGGUCUAGGGAAUCCCUGUGACAUCCCUGGUUUGGAGGACUAUGUGGACCUCCUGCUGUACUCGGAUACCAGUCACAAUGAAGCGGUUAGAGCAGAUGUCCCGCUCACCACACCCCGCAUCGAUGAAGUGCUGACCCAGUUUCGUCGGCGGAUUUCCUCCGAAGCAAUCGCAGAUCCAGUCGCACAACCAGAUCGCCAGAGUGUCCAGCCGGUUCGUUCCACUGCGGAUGAUCCAGCAGACCCCGUUAAUGAACAACGAAUCAGGAAACUGGAGCACCAGGUGUCCCAGCUCAUCCAGCAGGCCCCUGCAGGUGACAAAUCCAGUAGCUGUGUUCAUUCUGUGCUGACGGUACGGAAAGCCAAGAGGGACACAGAACGCACGUCAGAGAGUGAGUGUGACAGCGGAAAGGAAAACAGGAGGCGCACAAGGAUUCCCAAACAUCAUAAAAGUGUAACAUCGAGGACAACUCCCAAGGAGACCAAGGGCAGGCGAUCAGACAGCGAUCAGGAGACUCAUAAACAGAGGAGCUCAAAGUCUGUUGUGGGGCCCAGGAGGAAGGCUGGCGGCGCAGGGGGUAUAGAUGCAGCAGGGCCAACAAGGAGGGCACCUGCUAAUGCUACUAAGGCCUCAGGCGACGUGAAAACCAAAUCCACUGAGGAGGAGGAAACCUACAGGACUAUUGUGGAAGAGCGUGACCAGGAAAGGGAGAGGCGUUGGAAGGCUGAGCAGGCUGUAAGGAAAUUAACAGAGGAUCUAAAGUGCCUGCAGACAAAGGUCAGCGAAGAAAAGGACCUUCAGAGCAUGGCCCUGCACACCACUGACAGACUGAAAGAAUUGUUGUUAAAGGAGCGAUCGGGGCGCUCUGAACUGCAGACUCGUGUUGAGGAGCUGGAGGGGAGGUGUCAGUCCCUAACCCAGCAACUGGAGCAGGCCCGCAGCACUGAAGAACAACACAAGACUGCGCUGCGCAGACUGGAGGAAAGCAUCUCACAUGGAGAGGCACUCAGGGCUCACCAGCAGGCUGAGGAGAUGAAGCGGCACCAGGAGCUGGAGAACAAGACGGCAGCUCUGAAGAGAGAGUUGGACAUCCAGAGAGUUUCAGUACGUCAGCAUAAAGACAAACUGCAGCAGCUGCAUGAAUUGCUGGCAUCCAGGGAACAAGAACACAGAAAACAGCUGGAUUUGCGGUUGCAGCCUGGUGGGGCAGAUUUCCGUGAGGCAGUGGCGAAAGAAGUUGCAUCAGUGGAACAGAGACAUGCCCACAGGGAGGUGGAGCUGCAGGAGAAACUGGCAGAGGGCAGGAAACAGUACGCUGCUCUGGAGGACGAGUUCCGCAUGGCACUAACCAUCGAGGCUGCUCGCUUCUCUGAGAUAAAGGAGGCUUGUGAUCAGAUGACUGCGGAGCUGUUGGGGCUCAAGGCGACCCUCGCCCAGUCCCAGCAGAGGGAGAAGAAAUCGGGCUCUCUGGUGCAGGAGCUCACGUCCAUGGUCAAAGAACAGAAGAGCCGCAUCUCUGAACUCAUCAAAGCUAAGAGAGAUGCUGUCACUGAUCUAAAGAGCCGUCUGCAUUCCUUGGAAGCAGAGGUGGAGCAGGACCGGCGUUUCGGCCUGCAGCUCGAGUUGCUCAAGAAAGACAAGGCGCGAAUGUUGUCUCAGCUCACUGCUCAGGAGUCAGUGAUAGAUGGCCUCAGGGCAGAGAGGAGGAUCUGGGGCCAGGAGCUCGCUCAGCAAGGAGCGUCAUUGGCUCAGGAUCGUGGACGCCUGGAGGCCAGGAUAGAGGUGCUGGGCGCUGAGCUGGAGACUCAGAAGAAACAAAACGAGAGGGACAAUGAUGCCCUAAAAAUCAAAGCCAGAAUCAUUGAUGACCAGACAGAGACCAUCCGCAAACUCAAAGAGGCCUUGCAGGAGCGUGAUGAUCAGAUCCGUAGGCUGCGUGAGGAGGCGGUCCAGGCUCAGAAGAGGCUCCAGCAGCAGUUGGAGGAGGAAACCACUCGGCAGGCUGAGCUGAGGGAGCGGCUGGAGCAUCUGAGCCUGCGCAAGGAGGAGCUGAAACAGCAGCUGGAGGACAAGGAGGCAGAGCUAGAGGAAGUCAAAAGAGUUUACAGUGAUUCCAGUAAGAAGUGGCAGGAGAAGGCAGACCUUCUCACUCGGCUGGAGAGCCAGGUGAAGCGCAUGAAGGAGAACUUUGAUUCCAAGGAACGCUCGCUGCUGGAGGAAAGAGAUAAAGCAACAGAAGCACACAAAGCUGCAGUAGAGAAGUUACACUGUGUGGAUGAUUCAUUUCGUCGACAGCUAGAGUCUGGCCAGGCUGCCCAUCAAGCUGAGCUGCUUCAACUGGCGAAUGAAAAACAGAAACAGAUUGAACAAGCCAAUCAGAAGGUAUUUGAAGUGGAGGAGGAGAUGCGUCAGCUCCUGGAGGAGACAGAAACUAACAAGAGAAUCAUGGAAGAGAAAAUGAAGCGUCUCACAAGUGUACUAAAAGACUUUUAAUGCAUAAAAUAUGGCUUCUUUGCAGCUAUGGCAAUGUAUGAAUUUAAACAGUAGAGGAUCGUUUUGUUUUUUUAAAUAAAGCAAUUUAUUUAUUUUAAUUUUGAUGAUUAUUUUUUCUAUUUUUGCAUUUUAAGUUGUAUUUUAGUAUAUCAUGAUUCAUCUAAUAAAUUCUCUCUUGAGCAUA